AAGCCAGGAGGACACAACUCUGUGAAGAGGACGACAGAGGACGAGGAGAAGGAGGAGAGUGGAGGUGCUGCAGCCAUGUCAGACACACCUUUGCAGGGGAACAGCACAGCAACAGCACCGAUGUCGUGUGAGGAGGCUCAGCUCCAUAAAGAGAGGCUGCAGGCCUUGGCGGAGAAGCGAAAGCGACAAACUGAAAUUGAAGACAAAAGAAGACAGCUGGAUGAUCUGGUGCUGCAGCUACAACAUCUCAAGUCCAAAGCCAUGCGGGAACGAUGGCUCCUCCAGGGAAUGGGAGCGGAGGUCGAGGAGGCUCGACGGAAACAGCUGGAGCUGGAUGAAGAGCAGGGCAAGAGGCUGGAGGAGCUGAUACACAGUCUGGAGUCUGACAUCGGUGCACUGGAGAGUGAAGAGUCUCUGAUCUCCGCCAAAGAGCAGGUUCUGCGGGAGCGUCUGAAGGAGACCGAGCGCUCCAUAGAAGAUCUGCAGAAGAGCCUGAUGACCCAGGAUGGAGAUGUCACCUGCUGCAUGCCCGCCCCCCUCUCCGACUACGCGGUCGACCCCGAUCCCAGCCACCUCGUCCUGGCCACGCAGCCCCGGAGCUGCCCACCUGCCUCUGGAGAGCACGCCAUACCAAGACCCGCCAUGUUUGCCAUGGAGAUCAACGUGCAGCACGACCCGCAGACCGGCGAGCAGCGCAUCCUCUCGGCCAACUGCGUGAACCCGUCGGACGCGGCGUCGCGCGGCGUCAAGGUCUACGACGACGGCAGGAAGGUGGUCUACGAGGUCACGUCCUCGGGCGGCGUGUCCACCACCGCGAUGGAGAACGGCUGGAGCUCGGCGCAGGUGGACCAGUUGAUCCAGCGGGCCGCAAGGCCUUCCGCGCGAGGAGGAGACGGCGGGAGGAGUCAGGUGACGGUGACUCCAGCGACGCACGCAGAUUUCGAUGAUCUGUCCCCGCCCUCCUGCGCCCCGCCAUCCAUCCCUUCCAGCCCGCCAGCCCAGGUCGUCCUCCAGAGGGAGACCAGGUUGGGCAUGAUGCCUCCGUCUGCUCCCGUCACGACCCAGCCCGCCUCCUCCGGUCACCCGGAGUUCACGUGCCAGCCCGAGGCCACCGCCGAACACCCCGUCACCAUGGUGUUCCUCGGCUACCAGGACAUUGAGGACACGAGCGAGAGCAGGCGGCUGCUGGGCUUCGACGGCGCCGUGAAGGCCGAGGUGGUUCUGAUCGACGACGACGACGAGAAGUCGCUGCGUGAGAAGACGGUCACCGACAUGUCCAUCGCCGACGGCACGGCGGCCGACCUCGUGUCGGGGCGGCCCGUCACGUCCGAGGGCGCCAGCACGGAACUGUCGUCUGACGGCCGCGAGCCCGACAGCGCCUCCUCGCCGCCCGCAAACCCCGACGCCAACGCGCCCCCCCCGCCGGGCCUCACCCCCGCCACAGGGUUCGACCAAGCACCAGAGGUUGCCGUGACAACAGAAAAUGGCCAUCAAGCUCCCAUUCCGACCAGACAUCCUCACACUGCCAUGAAAUCGUGGGGGGCGGCCGAGGAUGCCAGUGACGCAGCGCCGAGAGAGCGAGCCUUGAAGACCGUCAGUUUCCAGGAAUCGGUCAGCGUUAUCACUGACGCACCUGCGACCAUGGAAGUGGGGAGCCAGCAUAUGCAACAUGGCUGCCUCCGUAACCGAGGCAACAGUGAAGGCGAGACUCCGGACAGCGAAGUCGUUCAGGAAAUACGUUAUCUGGACCAGGUUUUAGACGCAGCCUCUGAGAUGCCCAAAAACGGAAACUCCUCCCCGUCAGAACACACCAAACAAUUCUGCAUCGAUGGAAUCUCUCCCUCCGUCUGCGUGUCUCCGUCCUUUCCCGUCAAUCACCAGCCUGUCGUCCACCAGGACGACCCCGACGUCAGGACCAACGGGCACAUGCAGGGGGAGGAGUCGGGCCGCGGCCGGGCGAAGUUUGAGCUGAGGGCGUUUCAGGAGGAGCGGCGGCCGGCGAAGCUGUUCACCCCCGGAGAGGAGCAGCAGGUCAGGGUGACGAGGAGACGGCCUUCAGAGGAGGUUCAGGAGCUGGAGCGCGAGCGUCAGGAGCUGAUCAAAGACCAGGCGGUGAAGAAGAACCCCGGGAUCGCCCAGCGCUGGUGGAACCCUCCUCAGGAGGUUCCUUUGGAGGAGCAGCUGGAAACAGAUCAGCUGGAGUCGCUGAGGAAAUACCAGGAGAGGAAGCAACAGAAGCAGAUUCACACCUAUACAUACACACAGCCACAGGUGACCGGUCCACCCACAGUGGUGUCCUUGGAUCCAGAGCUGAGAGAGGACAUCGUGGAGAAGCAGAUCGACUUCUCCGCCGCCAGGAAGCAGUUCCUCCAAGCAGAAACCACCAGGAAAGACGUGGCUCCUCACAUCUACUCGGCUAAACCUUUCUCCAAAUCCGUAACCAGGAGCAGCCAAGUCAGCAGCGACAUCAUGGCCGAGACCGGAGAAAGUCACGUGACCUGGUCUGACGAAGGCAUCGGAGCAGAGUUCACGUGCGCGCGGGCUGUGAUGGCGAUCCUGCCCGAUGAGGAAGAAGGGAAGGGUCACUUCCACCUGGCCUUUCACCCAGAGGAGUCUGACUCAGGAUUGGACGAGUUGUCUCUCCGCUCUCAGGACACCACGGUGUUCAGCUUGGAUAAUGUCUCCGACAGCGGGGCUUCACUACCGCCUACUCCGCUACCACUGACCCCGGUGUCGCCUCCGACCCCGCUGCCCACCACGCCAGUCAACGGUCAGAGCAGUGGCAGUCCAGCAGAGGACGAUCUGGAGUACCAUGCCGGGGUUCUCGUCCAAAAUGCCAUCCACAAUGCUCUAGCCGCUCAGAACGGCGGCGGCAGCAGCGACUGGCAGCCAUCAGAUUUGGAUUCUUCACAGCUCAGCACUCCCGUGUCUCCAUCCUCGGCUUCGACAAGCAGUCCAUUACCCGCUUGUUUCACCCCAGUGUCUUCCAGUGGAACUCCAAGUCUCCAGUCGCCUGUGUCCUCCAGUCCUGCCCUGUCCAACCCGUCCCCUCAGCCUAAGGCGCACUCAGAGGAUGUUUCCCAGGAGAAAUCGUCAGAAUCACAGGAAGCGCAGAUCCAGACGCCUUCUCCUACUGCUUCUCAGCCUGUCUCACCUCCACAGAGACCCAAAAACGGAGGCCCCAGGAUCAAAAUCCAGUCCUCUUAUGCCCGAGCGCUCGCCUCCUCGACUCCGGCUCCAGCUGCAGAUCCAGCUCCAGCCUCAGCAGCGCCAGUCCCCAGGCCCACCCCGGUCUACCGUCCCCCUUCUCCGCCAAGCCCGGAGAAAAACGAGUUCAGCUACUUCAGCAAGUACUCGGAGGCGGCCGAGCUACGGAGCACGGCAGUGGCGCCGCGAGGCCCCGAGGUGGAGGCCGCCAGUGGGCCGUUCCGCCUGCGCUCCAAGAAGCAGAGAACACUGUCCAUGAUCGAGGAGGAGAUCCGAGCGGCUCAGCAGAGGGAGGAGGAGCUGAAGAAGCAGCGGGAGACGCAGCCGGCCGCCGCUGUCCGACACAGUCAGGGACAGAUGAGGACGGGGAUGCGGAAAACCACCAUCACACCUGCAGAUAAGAUGAAGAGCAACAGCCUCCCUGCGAGACUCUCACUGACGACAAAGACAGCACCAGGAAAGAUCGAGAAGAUUCGACCGGCACCGCCCGUCUCACCCUCGCCGUCAGAAGGAGCCUUGUCCGACGCCGGCAGCGAGGACUCUCUCGGACGACCCAAAAACUACAUGCAGACGCUCAUGGAAGACUAUGAAUCACACAAGGUGAAGAGGAGAGAGAAGCUGGAGGACAACAGUUACGCCCGCUUGUUGCUGGCUAACGAGGUAACCACUGAGGUUCUGGAGGCCACGCGCGUCACAAGGAGGAAAAGCGACAUGGCGCUGAGGUGGGAAGCUGGUAUCUAUUCUAACGAGGAUGGCGUGGGAGAACAAGAGGAACAAGAAGAAGAAGAGGAGGAGGAGGAGGAGUAA